AUGCUUCCAACUCUUGGUCAUUGUGAAGAUCCAGCAUGUGCUGUGUCAUCAUCUCGCGAAUUAGUACGUUUAUUUCGUUGUUCAAUUCAUUGUGAUCGUAACUUAUGUUUAUAUCAUUUAAAUGCACAUAAUGUUUAUUAUGAAGAAGAAAAAAAACAAAAUGAUAUUGUUAUAUGUGAAUUACAAAAAUGUUUAAAUUUAUAUCAAACCAUAUUUGAACAACAAAUGCUUGCAUAUCGUGAACUUGUUCGACAAGCAUCAACAAUUUUAUUACAUAAUACAUCAUCACUUGUUCCAAUAGAUCAAAUUCGACCUGUUAUAGGUAAAAUUCAAGAAGCUAUUGCAGUAUUGCAAGGAGAAAAAAUUAUUAUUAAAUGUGAAUCACUGUUAGAUGGAAAUGAUGGGGAAAAUGAAAAAACUAAAAGUGUAAAUACUAAUGUUUCUGGUGACUCGGAUCAAAAAGUUGUUGUACGUAUACCACGAAUCGAUUGUGGUAAAAAUAAUAUUGCAUCUGAAAAUGAAAUUCGAUCGAAUCAUGAUGACAGCAUAAUUAGAUUUAAAGAAUACGAAUCAGAACAAGCAAUUCAAUCUGCUCAUGUAGCAAAAAAGCCAGUGUCACUCAAACGAAAACAUAAAUAA